AUGUUUUUAAUAUUUAUAGACGGGCCUCGCAUAGAAAGUGCUACAGACAGUGCUAAGGUUCUAUGCAGAGUUGAAUUGAUAUAUUUAAGAAAUCUUGUGUGGGCUCUUCCUGAUCAAGUGGUUAGGGUAGCUGAAUUCUCAUCACCUGCCCUCAGCCCUGGUCUCGCACAGAUUGGUGAAGAUGUAGGAAUGUUGGCAGCUAAAGCCAGAGAUGGCAAAUUACAACCACAUGAAUUCCAAGGUGGUACAUUUACAAUCUCUAACCUGGGUAUGUUUGGUAUAAAGUCAUUCUCAGCAGUAAUCAAUCCACCACAGGCGUGUAUCCUGGCAGUAGGUGGGGCUGAAAAGAGAUUAGUGGUGGACGAGGACAGUAGCUCAGGGUUCACGGAAGCGACAGUGAUGUCAGUGACAUUGAGUUGUGACCAUCGGGUGGUAGAUGGCGCUGUAGGUGCCAAGUGGCUAGCUGAGUUCCGUAAAUAUCUCGAAAACCCAUCAACAAUGUUGUUAUGA